UACCUGGAGCAACUGAAGGAACAGGACUGAGUGAAUAAAAAAAACAGAAAGAGGAAGUCUACAGUGAGUCCACAAGACUACUUUCGCAGUUCAAGACGCUUUGUUCAGCUUAAGCCGCUCAGGAUUUUCUCUGAGAGCUCUUCACUUUGCCGUUACGCCAUGGACGAUGCUUCUGAGAGCGUGGGCCUCGUGUUCCUCUGUGAUAACAUAUUUGACUUCACCACCAUCAGCGGCGCCUUCUUCAUCGUCAUCUUCAUCCUCAGCCUCACAGGUAACGGCCUCCUCCUCUGCCUCCUCUUCAUCUACGAGAACCUGAAAAACGUGAACAAUCUGUUCGUUCUGAACGUGGCCUGCUCCGACUUGGUCUUCACGCUUUCUCUGCCGUUCUGGGCCGUCUAUUACCUGCACCACUGGGUCUUUGGAGACUUCUUAUGCAAGUGCAUUACUGCCGCCUACCACAUUGGCGUGUACAGCAGCAUCAUCCUCCUGACCGCCAUGACUGUGGACCGCUUCCUGACUGUGGUGCUGAACACGGGUCGCCCUAAGAGGCAGCUGUAUGCUGUGUGUACCUGUGUGGCUGCGUGGCUCAUCAGCAUCGCAGCAUCCCUGAGAGACGUCAUCAGCGUAACCGCGGAAACCGACGAGAAUAACUACACCUGGUGUGAUGACCUCUCCGAGGGCCAAGGAGUCAAGCUGGGAUAUUAUCUCCAAGUGUCCCUGCUCUUCUUCCUCCCACUGGCCAUCAUUGUGCUGUGCUACUCUGCCAUCCUGAAGACGCUUCUGCAGCGGCCCAACAGACUCAAGCACAGGGCGACUGUAGUUGUGGUUUUGUGCAUAGUUGCAGCCUUCUUCCUCUGCUGGGGACCUUUCCAUAUGCUUAUUUUCACAGCCACCUUUUACAAACCCAUAGAGUGCGAUGCACAGGAACUCUUCGAGAUCGCCUACAGCGUUUGUCGAAUCCUCGCGUAUUCUCACUGCUGCGUGAACCCUCUGCUCUACAUGAUGUCGCGAACACUGCGAAAACAUCUGUCGCAUCUUUUGUCUUGUAAGAAUCCAGGAGAACGGACGAACAACAAGAAGCGAGGAGCCAGUGGCACCUCCGUUUACCAGAAUGUGUCGAUGAUCGCACAGAACUCUGCUGAGGAGCUGGAAAUGCAGUCCAAAAAAUGAGGCGAGCUCUGGUUCUGGAUGCAAAAUGAAUUAAUGAAGCAUGGCUGUGUUUUUGUUUACAUCUCUCACGUCUCCCUCAAGCAUGUGACUCUUUGCAUACUGUAAAUAUCUCUGCAUAUUUAGAAAUGUCAAAUAGUUGUGUAUAAAUGUCAAUAUAUGAGAAAAUGCUUUUCUCUGUUACAGUAUUUUAAUUAAAAUAAUCUCAAACUCA